ACUAAACAGAUCCCGAAAUGAAGUGAAAUUUAAUUGUUAUUUUGUGUUUCUUUGAAAGUGUAUUAAUUUUCAUUAAAAAUAUUAUAAUUGAUUACGAAUAUAAACAGUAUUUAUGAUUCAGAGAUACUACGUCUUUAAUGAAAAAACCUAAGUGCAGUUACAAUAUUUUUCCCAAGAUAAUUUAAGCUUCCUGCUUGAGAUGUUACCUUCUAGUAGAUUUCUAAUUUAUAUAUUGCAAAGGUAGUGCAAAUUUUAUUACUGUGAAUAUGGAUUCCGGAACAGAAUGGCUAUGUGAAAUUUUACAAAAUGUGCAGCUGGAACAAUUCUAUUUGCCAAUUAGAGAUCAACUGCAGAUUACAAGGUUAGCACAUUUUGAUUAUGUGCAUGCAGAUGAUCUUGAAAAAAUUGGCAUCAGCAAACCAGGUGUACGCAGAUUAUUCGAUGCUGUUAAAAAGAAGAAACUGCAACUUUGGAAUCGAAAAUUUUGGAACAAACUGUUUGGCACAAGUUCAGUUACCAGAGAGAAAACAGAUUUGGCUCUCAGACAACUAGCUCCUACUGAACCACGGAGCACAACAUGCAUUAUACUAGAAAAAGAUAUUGUGUUGCAUAAUGAACUUGGUAAUGGCUCAUUUGGUGUGGUAAAACGCGGCGAAUGGAGAGUAUCAGAUCAGUCAAGUCAGAUGGUGCCAGUCGCAGUAAAAGUGCUCAAAGCUGAUGCUUUCUCACAGCCAGGGAUUUAUGAUGAUUUUAGAAGAGAAGUAGAAGCAAUGCAUAGCUUGAAGCAUCCUAAUUUAAUAAAGUUACAUGGUGUUGUAUUCCAUCCUUUAAUGAUGGUGUGUGAGUUAGCAAAUAUGGGAGCAUUGUUGGAUUAUAUUAGGGCACAAAAUGGCAAAGUCUCAUUAAAUUACAUAUCAAAAUGGUCAGGACAAGUUGCAGCGGGAAUGGCCUAUUUAGAAAAAUCACGAUUUUUACACAGGGAUCUUGCGUGCAGGAAUAUAUUGUUAUCCAGUUUAGAUUUGGUUAAAAUAGGUGACUUUGGCCUUAUGAGGGCAUUGCCUGAUGCUGAUGACUGUUAUGUGAUGAGUGAGAGACGAAGAGUUCCAUUCCCCUGGUGUGCUCCGGAGUCAUUACGGUCAAGACAAUUCUCACAUGCAUCAGAUGUCUGGAUGUUUGCUGUUGCAUUAUGGGAGAUGUAUUCAUUUGGUGAAGAACCAUGGAUGGGUUUAAAUGGUUCAGAGAUCCUCCGUCUCAUAAUGCGGGAAGGUCAACGGUUAUCAUCCCCCGCUGCCUGUCCACCAGAUAUUUAUAUGUUGAUGAUGCAGUGCUGGGACCUCAAUCCUAAAGAACGACCAACUUUUGCUGGCAUACAAAGAUAUAUGGAAACUAAUAAAUUUGAAACUGCUAUCGCAAGCUUAAGUUACCAUAAACAAGGUCAAAUGACCAUAGAAGCUGGGGAUGCGAUCAUAUUGAUUGAUAAGAGGCCGGAGUUGCACUGGUGGAAGGGUCAGAACAUACGGACAUUGGAAGUCGGCCUCUUUCCCAGUACAUUAGUGAGUAUAGCCAAAAGCAAAAAUGUGACAUCAAUUAAGAAGCCGAUAACUAGUUCGCCGAUAAGAAAAGUCCAACCUUCCCCGUCAUCACCAAUAAAUGGUGUUUCUGACGAUUCCGCGGUCGUACUCCGUAAGCGUCGUACUAUAGAAUCGACACAGCCUCCAACUACGCGCGCUGGUAACUCCGGCAGCAAACAUUUUAAUUACAAUAAAUUGGUCAACGACAGAGCAACGCUCGGCGCACAAAGAGUCGCUAGAGACACACGGGAUAACCAUUCCAGGAGUCUUAAUCAAGUUAGAGAAGACUUAUUAAUAGACUUGGAUCUGCCUCCGUCGAUAAAAGUGAAUUCACCAACAAAAAAACCUUUGAAAGACAGCGCUUCGUCGAUUCUGGAUGAACCUAUUGAUGUGCCUGAAAUCGUUCAGGAACCGAAUUGGGGACAACCGAGUAUAGAAAGUCUUCCAUCAUGUUCAACUUCACAGAAUUACCCCAAUUUAUAUGGUGCUAAAUCAUUAGAUAAUAUUAACGUUUCUUCAUCUACCCACAAUGAGCAAAGUUUCGUGGGUCAUUCAGACCCUUUCGAAACUUCUCAAGUGUGGAAUUCAUAUCAAGAUAUACCAAGAUCUAACUACGAUAUACAAUUAAACGAAACGAUACCUAGUAAUAAUGAAUCUCAAAUAUACUCAAAUAACACCCAAAACGAGACACAAGUAUCCAAUAAUUUAUCGAUAUUAAAUAGAAGUAAUUAUUCUAACCAAAAUAAUAUACCAUACGGCACUCUUAAUAAUACUAAUACAUACAGUGGAAGAGAAUCAAAUAAAGAUUUGAUAAAAUCCGUAACACAAAUGUCGCUGGACGACAGAAUAUCUGAAUCGUUAAAUCUCAGAUCGAAGAAUACUAAUACUGACAUUUACUCGAAUACUAACUAUAGCGCACCGUCUACAUCAAAAUAUUCACCAAACAACGAUGUUUAUAAACAAGACUUCACAUACAACUUUGAACCGAAUCUCUCGCAGCAAUACUUUGAAAAAGAUUACUAUACAAAACAGAAUGAAACUACUAAAGAAAAUAAUUACGAAAAGAAUAUUUACGUACCUAAAUAUGAAGAGGAAGGGGAGAAAUUGAAGAAUUUCAGUGAUUCUUUGGAAAAUUCUAAGAAUUAUUCCGCAUUUAAAUAUCAAAAUGCUGAUUUUGAUUUAUACGCGUAUGCAUAUCAUCCGACAACAUCUGGAAUUCAAUACGACGAAGUGGCGGAUAAUGGCAGUAAUAUUUAUAGUGAAAUUGGUGACGGUGAGAGAUAUUCUAAUAGAGUGACGUAUACUAACGCGUGUUUGUAUGACGAAGUGUAUGAGGAACCCCCCAGACCGCACAGGCCCGCGCCCCCCUGCCCAUCAAAACCUAAAUAAAUUACAUUCCUAAGUAAAAAAUCAUUUAAACUUGAUUAUAGACGCUUAAAAAACAUUGACAAUUUUUUUUUUCAAAUCAAUUCAAAGA